AUGGCCCCUCAAACUCGCAAGAGAAAAGUUUCUGCCACUGAGAGCAACGACCCAAAAGACACACCCCUGAAGAAAACAACACGAGCACCGCGAAAGACAGCUCCAAAGGCAGCUGCCCAACGAAAAGGCAAGACUGCUGCUAACAAGCACGGAGACUUUGCUACAUAUGGGCAAACAGUGCAGCAAGGCAGCGAGGCGAAGAAGCAGAUCCAAAACCAAGGAAGCGAUCUCGUCCAAGAAAUUGACAGUGAGCUCAAGACACGAAUCCCCCAAGUAGACUGCGAUGCAUUGAUGAAAGAGUUCUCUCCAGAUCUUGUCACUGUUCUACCUUGGAUGCAUUUUUCGGCCGAAAAGACUCAAACAUACCCUCAGCUGAUGCUAAAGGCCCUCGACGAUUUAAAAAGCCACGUCAGUGUUUACGAGAAAACGGUGAAGCAAGAGACUGGAAUCAGAGCACCAAAUCAGAUGCGCUGGUUACAAGACGCUAAAGAUUUGGAAGACAUGAGCCAGCAUGGGCUGCAGAUGGCUACAAAGAUCAUCAAUCACAUCAUCAUGCCUGACUUGUGUGAACUUCCUACCAAGCCUGCCGAGACUGACAGUGGUGCUGAGGAAGUGGCAUGGGAACUCAUCGAGGAAGCUCUGCCUGGAGAGUCUAAGGACAUAUGGGGAAAGGUUGCUCAGGGUCAUGUGAAGGCUUUGGCUGAGGUGUUGAAGGUGCUUCCUAUUGAAGAGGUGAUCUGUUUGGAAUGA